UCAUUUUGCAUUUCCGGGGUGGAGGGCUGCUUUGUUUACCAACAUUCAUCCUCCCUGUCAGUUUGGAUACGCUGCUCUGGAUGGCUGAGCACAGCCAUGUAGAGCAGUGUGCUUACAGUGAAGAACACCCCCUCCCGCUCCCUAGUAAAACACUCCCAUUACACAGUUAACCCUCUGAUUGCCCCUCAUGUUAGCCUAUUCCUUCCCAGUGCCAUUAGUUACAGUGUCAGUGCAUUUUUUAGCACUGAUCACUGUAUUGGUGUCACUGGGGAUGUCAGUGACACUAAGUCAGUUCCCCCCAGUGUCAGAAUGCCCACUGCAGUCCCGCCAU